AUCAGAUCUGAGCAUAAUGAAUUGAUUUAAUUAACAGGGGAAUCCGAGGGUCUCUGGAAACUGCGCGCAUUUAUUCAGUAGCAGCAGAGGCGAGCGCGGCACAUAAACUGGGAGAGAGGCGGCGUGAGUUUGCUUUUAGCAGUUGUCAGAUUUGCAAUUGGGAUUGUUUGACUAUAGUUGCUGUUUCGGAGCAAAUCAGAACGAGAAAGAGAGAAUAUUACCAGCGAGAGGAGCUCAGCCGUUCAGUCUGAGCGUCUGUUCCGUCCGCGUGUGUACAGUUAACAGAUAGGCGACACUAGAUUUAUAUCGCUUUUCAUUGUUUUGCCUUUUUUUCGCAUGGAAUUUAUCAAGAGCAACCAACGCGGUUUGAUCGCUAUUUAUUUGCGUUACAGUUCAGUCCGGAUUGGGGGAUCUCGCCGCGUAUAUCACCGUAUUCCGUGUGUGAAUUAUUAUUGAUAGGAGGGAGAGAGAGAAAAAAAAAACGUGUGCAGACGGCAAUUCAUCUUUCCAGGGUUUUGAUUUAUCGAGGCGUAGUCUAGUCAACCGCGCGUUUCAAAGCCAUUUCCAGGAGAAGCUCUGAGCAGACCGAGCGGUGCAGCCUGCUGGAGCCGAGGACGGAUCGCCCGGGGAAGGACUCCUCGUUCCUCAGGACGAUGGUGUUGGACAAGGAAGAGGGUGUGCCGAUGCUCUCCGUCCAGCCCAAAGGGAAACAGAAGGGGUGUGCUGGCUGCAAUCGCAAGAUUAAAGACCGCUACCUGCUCAAGGCCCUGGACAAAUACUGGCAUGAGGACUGUCUCAAAUGUGCCUGCUGUGACUGCCGCCUGGGGGAGGUGGGCUCCACCCUCUAUACGAAAGCCAACCUCAUCCUCUGUCGCAGGGACUACCUGAGGCUCUUUGGUACAACGGGGAACUGUGCAGCCUGCAGUAAACUGAUCCCAGCCUUUGAAAUGGUGAUGAGAGCCAGAGAUAAUGUUUACCAUUUGGACUGUUUUGCCUGUCAGCUUUGUAACCAGAGGUUUUGCGUGGGGGACAAGUUUUUCCUAAAAAACAACAUGAUUUUGUGUCAAAUGGACUAUGAGGAGGGCCAGCUGAAUGGGAGCUUUGAGACACAGGUUCAAUAGUUGGAACCUUGUGGCAGCAACAGUCGGCUCCACACUUCUCACACGAGAUGGAUGUUCUGCUGCACUUGGAAAAAGACAAGCGUCUGUCUGCUUGCCUGCAAUACUUUUUAAGACCCCUUUAUCAGUCCUUAAGGACUCUAUUGUAAAUGUUCAACUUUUUGCCCCUCCCACACCCCAACACUGAGCAGUUACAAAUUUUGAUGUACAGUUGUGCCUGCUUAGCUGAGCACUGUAUUGCUUGUAUGUUUUGUGAAAUUUGUUUCCGGUUUGUUUUAUUUUCCUUUUAGAAAAGGUUCAUUGGAGGGUAUGUACAGUCUGUUUUCUCUGUAUAUAUAAACUGGAACAUUUAUUUUAUGAAAUGUAAUGCAAUUUUAUUACUAGUGUGAA